AUGUCGGCGGGGCGGCCGCGGCGGUGGCGGCUGGCGGCGGGGGGGUGGUGGUGGCUGUCGGCAUGGUGGUGGUGCCUGCUGUGGGGCGGCGCGGGGGGCUACGUGGUGGUCAGCUCGGUGUCCUGGCCCCUGCCCGAGGGGGGGCCGGCGGCCGACGAGCUGCACAGCUCCUCCACCGAGGAGACCCUCCCCGCCUUGCUGGAGGAGACGGGCGGCCUCUGGAAGCAGAGCUACCCGGCCUCGGCUUACCGGGAGGAUGCGGCCCUGGGCUCCGGGCCGGCGGCGAGGAGGCCGGGGCAAGGGGCCGCCCCCUCCAGGAUGUUCUCCUACCGACGGGAGGGCGGCGGGGCGGCGGCGGGACGCGCCGGGACCGCCCGCUUCCUCGCCCGCUACAACACCUGGGGCUUCGUGGCUACGCGGGCCGCGCAAGGAAAGAUCCAAGGUAUGCCCUACGGGAACUGUUUACUUCUCAGUGAUGGUCCUGUCAACAAUAGCACUGGAAUCCCUUUCUUUUACGUGACGCCGAAGGAUAACACUGUGGCAGAUCUCCUGAAGAAUCCCGUGGCUUCUCUGACCCUGCCAGAGGCAGACGGAAAUUUCUGCAGAAAGAAUGUAAUUGAUCCGGAGGAUCCACGGUGUGCCAGGCUGACUCUCACGGGACAGAUGGUUACGGUGCCUCCGGAGGAAGUGGAAUUUGCCAAGCAAGCAAUGUUUUCCAGGCACCCGGUGGUAAGAAAGUGGCCUCGCAGCUAUGAGUGGUUCUUCAUGAAAAUGAACAUUGAGCACAUCUGGCUUCAAAGCUGGUAUGGAGAAGUUUCUGCCAUCACAGUAGAAGAAUAUUUAAAAGCAGUUCCAAGUAAAGGAUGAUUGAAUGGGCUUUGAGAUAGAGAUCUUCUGAGUUUCCUUUCCAAACACUUUUAAAAUUUCAUGCUGGAUGGUUACUUUACAGUGAUUUUUUUUUUCCCCAAAGGCUUCAAAAUAGCCCUGUCUUACAGGGAGCAGAGUGAAAAUAAACUGACACAGACUUUCAAAUUAUAAAGGAGAGGUGGAUACUAGCCCUACCCUGCAAUGUAGAAACGUGUCAUUUCAAACAAGCAAUGCAUCAUUUUGAACGCUGCUUAAAAACGCUUUGUAUCUGUUUGUUUUGACUUUUAUUGCUGUGCACCCACAGGGAAACUACAAUAUGUGCUAAAUAUAAUGUUCUGAUUUACAGAAAAAGCAAAUUGCCUAUUCAGAACCCUCUAUGUGUUGUGGAGAUAUUACUGCUGUUUGGUAUCUCUUGGUUUGUAAGUACUCUAAGAUAAACUUAAUAGCUGUAACUUUAGAUAUUUAAGUUGUUAAAAAAAUAUUUUGCUAAGCUGUCCUCACUUGCUAAAUUAUAUUUUCUACAUGUGUUUUUCCCUAAUUGUCGAAUUUGGUAUUUCACUUGGAAAUUGAGUGGAAAUUAUCUCUUUUAGUAGAAAAAAAAUGCAAGCAGCUAAAACAACAUGCCUCCUGUAUAACUUGUCUCUUACUAACACAAAUCUGUUUAAACACGUUAAGGGCCCAAACCAAAUCAGCCCCACAAGGAUCAUCCCAAUGCAAGUAUAAACAUUCUUGUAAGAAUAAUUUAAGUAAAUGUUCUCAGCUAACCUAUUCCUUUUAUGAGACAGGAAAAGUAUUUUUAAUAGCCUGUAGUUUCUAUUUUUUUGCAUCUCUUCUCCAGCCACUGCUAUAUUUUUAACUCAUUUGUGCAACUGAUUUUUGUAAACCACCACUAUCUUGUCUAGAGGUGGAGCCAGUCCCUUAACUGUUUCCUCAUCAAGUUUUAAAGGGCCUGUUCAUGCAUUUAUUUUUUAAAGAAGCCUAAAUAUAGGUAGGUAUUUCAGGCCAUGAAAAACUCAUUUUCCUAGCAUGGAAAGAGCAAACUUUGUUACAAAUUUAUUAUGGCAUCUCACAUGAUAAUAUUUGAAGAGUUCAAAAGUAUUUUAUUCACCUUCAGCCCUUUCUCUAGAUGUCCUGGUAAACUUAUUUUGCAGUUCCUAAGGGCAUCAGAGUAAGACAGGUCCCACGGCUGACCUGCCAAGUCAGUACACAGUUUGCAAAUUACAUGGCUGCUCUCCCCGUUGCAUUAAGAAAGAGACUCAUUGGGAUGGGGUUUCUGUGCCUGUGGGGCACAGACGCCUCCAGCAUCCCUGGGAGGGCACCCAAGCCCUGGGUGCCAGCCUGAGCCUGGGUCCCAGCUGAGCGACCUGAGGUCGUACAGGUUAAUCCUCAGGCAGAGCUCAGAGGCAGCAGCAUGAGCUCUGACCAGCUGGAAGCCAAUUAAGUGCAGCUGAGCUUAUUUUGGUUCUGGCAUGGAGAGAGGGACUCGUUCCCGGAGCGGAGCUGGGCACCGUGCUGGUUUAACUACCAGGGGCUGCUCAGCCCUUCACGGCUCCGGGCAUCGCAGCCAUUCCUGAUAUUCCGUAAGAAUCGAAGACAAAUGCAGGGGAAAAACUUUGUUGAGACACUUCAAAGCACUUUUUUUCUUGUCUUAUUGCCAGAGACUCUGUUAGCGGCGCAGGUCUUUUGCAGAGGUAAUUAUGCAAAAAGAGGAAGUGUCCUGCCUCAGUCCAUUUCCCUUUUUCUUUUUUUUUUUUUUUGGCAGAUGAGCAGAUUUUCCCACUUGCGUUUGCCCUUGAGUCUUGCACUUCAGUGUAGUACUGAAGCAAAGCGGCCCAUCCUGUACAGAUUUAUAGAAUACCACCAAGUGAAAUCCUCCUCGAUUCCUGUCAUUUUGCCAUGGAGAUCUUUGUCCACUACGGAUUUGAUACUUUUCCCAUUAGGAUUAAUGGGACUUUUACAACUGAGUUGAACAGGCAGAGCACUAGACCCUGUAAGGGAAUCUCCACAGGUCUAACGUUUCUGUGCAACUUUAAUUACAUGUUUCAAUAUCCCAAGUUCACUACUAUUCCCAGAGAAACCUGAACUGCCUGUUCUCUCCCCCGCCCCACAACACACAGAGAUGAAGCAAAUCCAGCCUAAAAGUUUAGUGUUUAAACAAGAAGAGAGGAAGAAUUUUAGAAAUGCUGCUGCUACUAUACUCUCAAUUUCACUUACCUCCUUAGACAGCCUGGUCACAGCGACACGGUCCUAGGUCCUGUCCGUUAAGUUACUAACACUCUUGCCUUAAAGCAGUAAGAGGUUGUAUCAACCAUGUUCAGUAGAGCUUGAACUGUUUAAGAAGUUAGUGUGCACUGAGGGAGGUUUUGAAUUUACAAUGCCCUGCUUGCUAUCGGCUGUCUCCCUGCACACCUAGAUUAAUUGGAGUAGCUUCUGUAUUGUAAAUUGACGCAUUCAUCAAAGAAGCUUUUUUAUAUGGACCUGCCGGGAGGCUCUUGACAGAACCUCAAAACAUGAAGUGGCGAGGGCAUGUAAAGUGACAAAAGGGGCUUUAUGGAGAAAUGCCGUCUUAAAUCACCUCUUCUCAUUUCAGGCUUCCUUCUCCCAAGGAAUAGCUACAAUAAACGCCCUUGAAAGUCUAUAGAAAUUCAUCAAAAAUAUGACCUGCAGGUUUUUAGUAGAAUUUUCUGGAGAAGAAAAAAAAAAAAGAGAGGAGAUGUUAGUUUCUUUAAUUGGGCUUUCCAUUAUUAAUUAUAUACUAGUACCAUUUUUUUCUUUAAACUGACAAAUGUCUCAAAUGAUAUUGUUCAUCUCGUGUAAGUGAUGUUUGUUAAAGCUUUUAACCCAAAGAAUGUUAUUCUUUUUAUGAUAUCAUAAUAAAAUGAUAGUUCCUUGGGACUGUAAAGGGUCCGAUCUUGCUUCAGUUCAAGUCAAUAGCAAAAAUCCCAUUUAUUUGUGCUUUAAUUAUUAGAACAAAUACGCAUUUUUAUAAAAGAACUUCAUAAGCCCUUGUGAAUUUGUUAAACAUUUCCACCAGCUGAUGUGUAAUUUAUUUCCAUGUGUUCUGUAUUUUAGUUAUUUCUGUAGCUUCUCCCAAAAAGCUUGUUGUGCAACGUGUAUUAUUUAAAACAUCAACUGUGGUUUUGCAAUAUGUAAGAGAUGCAUUUAGUCAUGUCUGUAUACUUGCUGAAAAAAAGGAAGACAAAGUUCUAAACUUGGGUUCUCACUUUUUGCUUAUUUGUGCAAAUGUAAUGCAUGUACAGGAUUGAAGCGCAGCUGAUUUGAACUGCUGUUCUUAUUUAACCAAAGAAUGCUCUGUUUCUGAUGAAAUUUUCAUCACUUUGGUGGACGAAAUGCAUCCCGUCUUGUUUCUGGAUGUGUAUUGCAAUUUGCAAUGUAUUUUGAUUUCUAAAGAUACUGAAUGUUGUUAACAAAAUGCCUAUCGAGAAGAAAUUAAUACAAAUAAAACAAAUUUCAAAGUGGAA